AUGCCUGAGAUCAAACUGAAGCAUGUGGUCUCCUGCAGCAGUGCAGACACUACUCAUACAGCAGAGAACUUGCUGAAACCUGACACAUAUCGCAAGUGGAAAGCCAAACAAGUUGGCGAGAAGCAGAUCUCUGUCAUUCUGCAGUUUGAAAAGGAAGAGCAGAUCCACAGUAUUGACAUAGGAAAUGAAGCAUCGGCCUUUGUGGAGGUUUUGGUUGGCCACUCGACCUCCGUGAGCGAACAGGAGUAUGAGGUGAUCCUGGGAAUGUCCUCAUUCAUGUCACCAAGCGAGAGCAAAAGUGGAACCAACCUGAAUCGCACAAGGAUGUUCGGGCCAGACAAACUGGUGAAGGCGGCAGCUGAGAAGAAAUGGGACAGAGUGAAGAUAGCUUGCACUCAGCCAUACACGAAGAAUCUGGCGUAUGGACUGUCAUUUAUUCGUUUUAACUCUCCACCGGACAAAGAUGAACCAAUGCCUUCUUCUCCGAAAGUCACCAAAUUGGGCCAGUUUAAGGUGAAAGAGGAGGAGAGCUCAUCGCCACCAAUGCGUCCUGGGAGCCUUUUUUUCAGUCGCACCAGCAAGCCAGAAGGUACUCCUCCAAAAGCACCCCCACCCUCACAAAGCUACGCCUCUGUGGCAUUACAGGGAUCCAGCUCCACAGAUACCAGCAGUGAUAAGCCAGUCACCAAAACUUCACCCAGCAAUGCCACACCAAAGGAACCUUCAUCUGGCAAACGCAAAUUUGAGUUCAACAAGGAGUCCCCUAGCCGUCCUCUUGCCAAGGUGUCCCCAUCUAGCUCCAAAGAGAACAGCUCACAGCCAGCACCCAAGAAAAUUAAAGCUGAGCCUCAAGCUCCUCCUCCUAAGAAGACCCCACCCCCUGAGAAACCCGCCAAGAAGAAGAAUUCUUCCAGUUCUCAGCCAGUGGAGCUGAAUCGGAUCUUACAGGGAACAGUUUUUGUGCUGAGCGGUUUCCAGAACCCUUUCCGUUCGGACCUCAGGGAUAAAGCUCUGGAGAUGGGUGCCAAGUACCGACCAGACUGGACCCCUGAUAGCACUCACCUCAUAUGUGCCUUUGCCAAUACCCCAAAAUACAGCCAGGUAAAAAAAAAAGCAGCAGGAGGAAUCAUUGUGAGGAAAGAAUGGGUCAUGGACUGCUACCGGUCAAAGCAACGUUUACCUUAUAAAAAAUAUUUGAUGGAUGGUGUUGAAAGCAGCACUGAAGAUGACAGUGAGGAGGACUCUCCACCCCGACCAAAAGCCACAACACACAGACCAAAUCCAGAAAACAGCCGGACAAACCACAAGACUCAGGGGUCCAGCCCAGCUAAGGCCCAGCCAGCUAAAAUAGCAGUCAAAGAGGAGGAUAGUGAGGAAGAGGAGGAGGAGAAACCCAAGAGACCAACAGAGGAGGAUUUGUUUGGAGCAUCUACAGAUGAGGAGGAUAUGGGUGGAAGACGCUGUGAUGAAGAGGACUCAGGUGGUGAUACAGAGGAUGAGCUGAGGAAGAUGGAGGAGGAGAAGCUGAAAAGAGAAAAGAAGAGCUCUGCUCCAGAAGAUGACAAUCCAUAUGCUGGGUCUACAGAUGAAAACACGGAUGUAGAGGAGGAGCCAGAAGUGGACCUGCCCAUUCCGGAUCUUCCAGAUCUCUUUGCUGGUAAACGUUUUUUCUUAUAUGGAGAAUUUCCUCCAUCUGAGCGCAGGAUGCUCCAGCGAUACAUUGUGGCUUUUAAUGGGGAACUGGAGGAAUACAUGAAUGACAAGGUCCAGUACGUGAUAACGGCUCAGGAAUGGGACGACAGCUUUGAAGAUGCUCUCAAUGAAAACUGUAAUUUGUCAUUUGUCCGUCCACGCUGGAUCUACACCUGCAACGAUCGACAAAAAUGUGUCCCCCACCAGCCAUAUGUUGUGGUGCCACAGGCAUAG